AACCGGUCUUCGAUGUUAGUUCAUAUCAUUCUAGCUGCUGUUGGAAGAAGAAGAAGAAAGGAAAAGAGUUAGUUGGCCAUGAAGAUAACUAAACUUAUCCUCGCUUUUGGUUUACUUUGUACAAUUGCUUUCGCUGUCGCAAGCCAAGAUGACGAUCAAACUGAAGAUGGUUUUUUGAAAGAAUCUGAUGAAAAAAUCUCCAUUGAGAAAACCCCCAAAAAUGAACUACAAGAAGAUGAAGAUGAUGAAAAAAAACGGUCAGAGGAUGAUGAACCUGAUGUGAAAGAUGAUCCAAGUCAAGAAAAACGCUCGUCUAAAUUUUGGCGUCGUCGUACCAGUCGACGCCGUCGUUUCAUUACUUUCCGUCGUCGUACCAGUCGUCGCCGUCGUUUCAUUACUUUCCGUCGUCGUACCAGUCGUCGCCGUCGUUUCAUUACUUUCCGUCGUCGUACCAGUCGUCGCCGUCGUUUCAUUACUUUCCGCCGUCGUACCGGUCGACGCCGUCGUUUCAUUACUUUCCGUCGUCGCUCCAUUUCUUACCGCCGUCGCUCAAUUUCGUACCGUCGUCGUUCCAUUUCUUACCGCCGUCGUUCAACUAUUUUCCGUCGUCGUUCUACUACUUACCGUCGUCGUUCCGUUACUUGCCCUAGUCACAUCUUUACUUAA